AUGGCGAAGGACUCGGACAUCAAGGACUUUCCAGACAUCAACAAUAAACUGGGGGGUCCUACAAAGAAGUCACUUUUCGAACGACAGAAGGCUGAAGCGGAAGCAAAACGACAGCGAGAGCAACAAGAAACCGCUGCGGUCUAUGAGGACUUCGUCAAGUCCUUCGAUGACGAUGGUGAGAAUCGGUCGUCGGUAAACAAUCAGACAGGUGGAUCUAUAGGUAGUGGAGCUUUUCCCAAACGGCACUUCUCCGGGCCUUCAAGAGGUGGCCUCGGAAUCAAGAGCAGCGGACCUGGUAGUUUAGGACCACCGUCACUCGGUCCACCUCCUAGGAAACGACCACACGAUGGCUCGGAGCCCUCAAGAAGAGAAGGACUGUUCGCUUUUGAAGAUGAAGUCCCAGGGCCAGCAGAUCCAAGGACAGCCCUAAGAUAUUCGGCUGAAGACGCACAAGACCAGCAGAAGGCCGAUGACAGAAAUGUCCCAAAACCCACGUUGAGACUAUCGUCUCUGCCUCCGGGCACGUCGCCGGCAGUCAUUAAGGCAACAAUACCGUCUACGUUGACCGUUGAAGGUGUGCGCAUCAUCCCUCCAUCUGGUCCGGGCACAAACAACACGGACCGACGGUCCAUGACGGCAAUCAUCACUUUAGCCCAAGAUACGCCUGCCUUAGAUAUUGAUACGGUUGUUAGUGCACUCCAAAAUCGAUACAUGGGUCGAGGCUACUACCUAUCCCUCUCUCGACAUCUCUCCACAACGUCACUUGGUGCUGCUGGACCAUCGGCUGCUUUCGGGUCUUCAGCAAUAUCUCUGCCAUUUGGGGCUCGACCAGCACCUGCAUCCUUCCUUGGACGAGCAGCUCCGUCAUCAGUACAUCGAGGGGGAUUCGCACCGCCUACCUCGUUCAAUUCGCCUCAAAAUCUUGGGAGAGGAGCUGCAUCACAACUUCACAUCACAGUGACGCCGCCUUCGAAUCUGAAGCAGCUCAAAAUCAUUCACAAAACUUUGGAAGCGCUCGUACGACAUGGCCCUGAGUUUGAAGCUCUCCUGAUGAGCCGCAAAGAGGUCCAACAAGACGAGAAGUGGGCCUGGUUGUGGGACUCUCGUAGCGUAGGAGGUGUCUACUACAGAUGGCGACUUUGGGAAAUUUGCUCGGGGAUGUACCGUAGACGAGGCCGAGCCGCAACUUCGGCGCAACAUGUCGUUUUUGAGAACGGUGCUUCAUGGAUUGCACCAGAGCAGAAGCUACCAUACGAAUACACUACGCGCCUUGACGAGUUUGUAUCUGACUCGGAUUACCACUCAUCAGAAGAUGAAGACUCUGGUGACGAGGGGCGGAGACGCUAUGCCCAGCAUCAUGGCGGUGCCCCUCCGCCUGAUGGCCCAGUUGUCGAAGUCGAAACACAAGCGUACCUGAACCCAUUCCAAAAAGCAAAGCUCACCCAUCUGCUUGCACGGCUACCAACAGCCAAUGCUCGAUUGCGACGGGGAGAUGUAGCGCGAGUGACUGCCUUCGCCAUUCAGCACGCCGGUGAGGGCGCGGAAGAGGUCGUCUCAAUGAUUGUCACGAACGUCAUCAAGCCUUUCGCAUUCACGAGCGCCAAUCCGGAUCGCGAAGAUAAGAAUGGGAUAGACGACAGGGAGCAAGCUCAAGAUACGAACGGUGACAUACCUCGAGGUGAAGACAGAUCACCGGAAGACGACACAAGCGCUGCUAAACUUGUAGCACUGUACGUGAUUUCGGAUCUCUUGUCUUCCUCGUCCACGUCUGGUGUCCGCCAUGCAUGGCGUUAUCGAUCGCUCUUUGAGACAGCAAUUAAAAAUCAUCGUACCUUUGAACAUCUUGGACGGCUCGAGAAGGGUUUGAAAUGGGGCCGCUUACGUGCUGAGAAAUGGAAACGCAGCGUGAACCAUAUUCUAGCCCUGUGGGAAGGAUGGUGCGUCUUUCCUAACGAGAGCCAAGCGGAGUUCAGUUCAUUGUUCGAAAAUCCUCCACUGACGAAAGAGGAAGAAGCUGAGAAGGAGGCGGAGGAGGAAGAGCGCAAAGCAAGGGAAGCUAAGAAACGAUGGAGAAGCUUGAAUGAGAAAAUGGAGGGUCAGGCAGAGGUUGAAGACGAGGUCAAUGAUGAGGAGAUGGAAGAUGCAAAUGACUCGGACGAGGAUGAAGAUGAAGAUGAGGAUGACGUUGCGGAUACAAUGGAGGCCAACAUGGAGGCUUUUGAUGGUCGAAUACUCGAUCUCGAAGCAAUUGCGAAAGCGCCCCGACAAGCGCUGAACGAGGUGAAGAUGGAUAUAGCGGUGAUGGAUCUAUUGAAGCUGAGCGGAACGAGUGAGGAUGUUACUGCCGCGGUCAUGGGCGACGAGAGAGUAGCUUCUGUGCCUGCCGACCCCGACCAAGCCGCCGCUCAACAAGACUUGAACGGUGCUGGUGCAGCAGCAGCAAGGAAACGACAGCGACCAAAAGCGGAAGAUAUGUUCGCUUCAGAUGAGGAAUGA